CUGCAGACGUUGCCGCUGCAAAAAUGAGACAGUUGUGUGAGCAGAUUCUGUUGUAUUUCUACUGGACGUAUCGAAUAUAUCAGUUCCUGUAUGCAAUCUGCAGUCUUUCUGCCGUCAAAAUUUGUAGCGAGCGUUCGACGAAGUGUGUUCUGACAGAUCUGGGUGGUUUUUUUGUAACAGAUGUAUCCGAUUCUCAAGCCACGGCGCAAGUGGCGUCGUUGGAAGAGGACAGUUCUCAAAACGCCUGGGACGAGAUAACGGAUCACGAGCUGUCUGUUGAUAUCACCGAUGGGGCGUCUUCGCCGAAUCAAAUCACGUCCAGUGUGCCAUCGUUGACUCCAGAGGAAGACAGGCGAUACUGUUGGGUGUGCUUUGCAACCGAUGAAGACGACGCAACUGCAGCGUGGGUUAAACCGUGCCAUUGCCGAGGCACCACGAAGUGGGUUCAUCAGGGUUGUAUUCAGAGAUGGGUCGACGAGAAGCAAAAGGGUCAUGCUGGACAUGCCGUGGCGUGCCCGCAAUGCAAUACAGAAUAUAUCAUAGUUUAUCCAAAUAUGGAGUAUCCUACAUGCAAAUCAAUUGUAGGUCCAUUAGUGGUAGUACUCGACACGAUUGACGCAGUCAUCUUCCGAGUAUGCCCCUUCAUCGCCGCUGGUAUAGUAGUCGGAUCCAUAUAUUGGACAGCUGUGACAUAUGGUGCGGUUACCGUCAUGCAAGUGGUGGGUCACAAGGACGGCCUCACUAUGAUGGAACAAGCAGAUCCUUUAGUUUUACUAGUUGGCCUGCCGACCAUUCCAAUUAUGUUGGUUUUGGGAAAGAUGCUUCGCUGGGAAGAUCAGGCCCUGAGUUUCUUGAGGCGACACGCGUCCAAAGUUCCUAUUUUAAGGCAUUUUCUACCAAGCAGUUAUACCGACGAAGACACAAGUAUACAAUCUGAAGACAUACCACCAAUGAACGAUCCGGUGUCUGCAACGCGUGUUCUUUGCGGCGCACUAUUACUGCCGACCAUCGCUAGUCUGUGCGGAAGAAUAUUCUUUGAAAGCAUAAGUUCCAAUUUUCAGAGAACAUUGUUGGGUGGUGCAGCUUUUAUAACAAUAAAAGGUGCGUUUAAGAUUUAUCAUAAACAGCAACAAUACAAAAGACAGUGUCAGCGUCGCGUAAUGGACUAUACGGAAAGUAAUGUAGCAUUAUAUAAGAGGCAGCAGGAUUCCGAGAGUGAUCGAAGUUAAAUAAAAUAUCAACGAAUAUAUUCGAAUGUCGAUUAGUGUGAAUAUAAUUUUUCAAAUGUAAAGCAGAUCGGCUGUUCUACAAUAGCACUAUUUAUACAUGAACGGUCUGACAGAUAUAAUCUUUAGUUUUACAUAUAUAUCCACAGUGAUCGUAGCAUAGACAUGUGGAAUAAAGAGAUAGUUGUACAUAAGUAAAAAAAAAA